UAAACGCACGCCUCGCGAAGCACGUUGUGCGACCAUCGUGACCAUGCUAUCGAGAAACUGCGUCGAUGAGUUUCAAAAGUUUGUGCUGGGCCAUCGAAAUCAGCUAGAGACAUCAGGAAUACCGCAGCAUUUCUGGCCGACCUUACACUGGAAGCUUCAAGAAAGUGUCUUCGACGCUGGCGAGACGUUUCAGAUUGUGCAGGUGGAGGAAUGCAGUGAUGACGAUGGUGGUGAUGCCAAAAGCUGCGACGACUCAGCAGGUCCAGAUGAGGUCAUGGACAUUGCUGAGCAGGGCGACAAGAAAGAUGAAGCAAAGAACUACUCCAGCAAUGUGAUCAUCAUACGGGAGGAAGGAGUCCAUUGUCAGGAUUCAGAACAUGUCUAUCUGGUGGACCACGCAUGGACCUACCGCCCCCAGCAGGCGAGGCAGCAGCUGCGGGAAAUGCCGCGACUGCUCCAGCGCAUGGCACAGCUCAUGGGGAUACCCCUGCCCCCGGGCUACAUCCUUGGUCAGGACCAGCCUGAACUGGUGGAUGCUGUGUUUGAGCGCAUGUGGAGGUACAACCAGACGUACAGCGUUGCAGGACCACUGGCAACCACUGAGGACUCGGUUCCCAUCUGGUACGUGAUGGAUGAGUUUGGCAGCAGCAUCCAGCAUGACAGCCAGCAUCCGAGCUUCCGCUGUGUGCCCUUCUAUCAGCUGCCGCAGAGGGAGGCAUACAGCAUCCUGUUCCCCAUCAGGGACGUCGCCUGUGGAGAGGAAGUGACCCGUGAUUAUGCAGAGGGUCCCCCAUGUGACCCUGCAACCCGUGCAGCACUCCUGCUCCCUUGGGAGCCACGUGAUCUGACACAUGUUGACUGCAACCCUCCUGCACCCAGGCUGGAAUUUUUAAGGAGUGGUCGGAAGGAGGAGACGGAGCCAGAUCCUGCGGCGACUGUGUCCGAUGUCGCCCGAGACCGUAAGCUACGUGUCUACUCGGACUAUGGGCAGGUGCGGCAAUGCCUGACGCACCCAUCCUUUGAGCUGGUCGACGAGGAGAAGGAGGCCGAUGUGCUCUGGCUCAACUACCACUUCAAGCAGUACAGGGAACUGAGCUGCGAGAGCCCCGGCAAGAGAGUGAAUCAGUUUCCCUUUGAGCAUGUGCUCACCGUCAAGGACCUGCUGGCCCUGGUGUGUCGGCGUGGCUGUGAUGGGGGCAUCCCAGUGGACCCCGAUAGCCUGACCAGCCGGCCACUUUGGCUGCCUACCACCUACAACCUGCAGACGGAGCUGCCCCACUUUGUCUCCUACUACCAGCAGAGACAGAAAAGAGGCCUGGACAACCUGUGGAUCUGCAAACCCUGGAACUUGGCUCGUAGUUUAGACACCCACGUGACGGACAACCUGCACUACAUCCUGCGUCUACCAGCCACGGGUCCUAAGGUGGCAUGCAAGUAUGUCUCUGACCCGGUGCUCUACCCACGAGAGGGCAUUGGCCUGGUGAAGUUCGACUUCCGCUACGUUGUUAUCCUGCUCAGCGUGCAGCCGCUGCGUCUCUACGCCUACCGCCACUUCUGGCUCCGCUUUGCCAACAAGCCAUUCUCCUUGAGCGACUAUGAUGACUAUGAGAAGCACUUCACGGUGAUGAACUACACUGAGUCCGGACCACAGCAGACGACAUGUGCAGAGUUCUUGGAGUGCUUCGACCAGUGCUACAGCUCACAUCCCUGGGACAAGGUUCAGGCCGAGGUGUUCCAGGUGCUGAGGCAGGUGUUUGAGUUGGCGUGCAGCGAACCACCACCGGCUGGCCUGGCACACAGUCCACAGUCACGUGCAAUGUACGCAGCGGAUCUCAUGCUGGAGUGGGACCGCUCCCAAGGACCAGGAGAGCAUCCACGUAUGCAGCCCAAGCUGCUGGAAGUGAACUGGGCACCCGACUGCCAGCGUGCGUGCCAGUUCUACCCAGACUUCUUCAACGAGGUGUUUGCGGCCAUGUUCCUCGAUGAAGCCAGCGCCAGUCCAAACUUUAUGCCCCUUUGACAAGCGCCGAUCUGCCAGAACUGCACACGCACACCAUGCUCACAGAGUGCUUGUCAAGUCUUAACUUUCAGUCGGCUGCUUCGACUUGCUUGCUGUCACUUUGGCGGCCGCCAUGGUUUGUGUUGCCACAGAAGACACGUUAAAGAUGUCAUCAGGCUCGCUACAGACACACUUGCUCAGCAGGCAGGACAAGGUGAAAUCAUGCUUAUCAAGAUAGGCCUUUUAUAGCGACGCUAGUGGCAAACACCAUGAAACCGUCAUCACAUGGGCGCUGUUGAGCGUGCUUAAGAGGAUGCAAAUUGAAUUGGGCACGGCUGCAUGUCAUAUUCAAGUACCAUAUUCGAUUAAAAAGCAAUCACAAUUACAGUUGAACCUCAAUAUAACAAAUAACUAAAUACAGUCGACUUACGUUAAUUCCACCCUGACAGGCCUGAUGAUAUUGAUCCAAUUAUCCGGCUGGUUGUAUUAAACAAGAUGCAGAAAAAACACUGAAACACACUGCUAAUUCAUUUGCCACAAUGUGCACAAUUCUUGGUUGUCUGCUGUCCAUCUGUCCAAAGUAGAAAACUAGCAAAGAAAUAAAGCUCCUAAACAAAGUUAAAAUGUAGCGCACACCCAUUUUUUUUAAAGAAAAAAUGGGCAAGGGUUUAAUUGGCAUAGCAGCCGGUUUUCUAAAGUCAGCCUUGCUGCUUUACAGCCCUACUGUGCAGUAAAGCAUACAGGUGCUGUAAGCACGGUUUUAAUUUCAUAUCCAAUCGCACCCUACAGGCAAUUUUAAGUACACUUUCCCUGAAAAAAAAAAAGAAAAGGUGUGUGUGUGUAAAUAUUGUAAUCAGACAUUGUGAGCUACUGUUACUGCUUGAAAAUCUUCGUAGUGCAGGCCAAAAAUAAGUGUUUUCGGUGGAAAAUGACGUGUGUUCAAUGCAUUCAGUGUCCUUUAAGCUCCACUGAGACAUGCUGCAUCCAAAGGGGUUGCUAUUGGGGUCACCAUAGAAGUAAGGCACAUGCAUGCAGACUGGUCAAGUUCAAUUUAUCUGAGAAAGGCCAAUUUAUGCUUGAAAUAUGAAUAUUUUGGCCCAUAGACGUAUGGAUGCUGGCCGGGACCUUUGAUGGGGAUCGAAUUAGCAAGAGUAGAAUUAGCGGAAGUCUACUCUAUAACACACCAAAUUAAAGUGUUUCUCAUCGACAUCUGCAUAUAAAGAAUGCAUGCUUACAAUGAAUAUACAAUGUGAACAACAUAUUUUCAUGUCUGAUGUGGCUUUGUUUAAUGAGGUUUGAGUGUAUAAGGUAACCGCGCAGUUUGUGGACCCGAGAAAAAGAGAAGUGGGCACACUAUUAUACUGCGAUGCCAAUGGGUAAUUUGGACUCGGCACGGAUUGCCUGAAGGUCCAAAUAACCACGAGCCUGAAAAAAAGAUUUAUCAGGGAAAAAAGAAAGUGUCUUUAUUCUGCAAGUGGCCAAGGAAGCUUGUGAAUGCGGUUCUGUACUCUCUUUGGUGUACAACCUUGGAAGUCUGUAUUUUUACCAUUGUCAUGUCAUUGCUGCAGACAGGAAAGUGGUCAGGGCCAGAAAAACCCUGCAAUUCGCUUCACUACAGGUGCUAAGGGCUGAAAGCCAAGAUAGAAAUAAGUCAACCGUCAACUGCUUCACGGCUGUCAUUGUGCUUCUAAAUGCUGCGCUCCGUCAGUGGUAGUUGAAACAAACAAAUAUAAAAAUGUACAGUUGUGGAGGUUGAUUGUGCCAUUGUAUUUACUUGUGGUGUAGCAGUGGUGGCAGAAGCAAUGUCAUAAAAGAAGGA